CUUGGGUGAAUAUAAAUCCACAUCUGUAUAACUUAAAUACGGACUGGCAGCAAAUAUUUAACCAAUACGACAGCCUGAAAGUAGGUUCAAUCUGCGCAACGGAAUUACAGAAAUUAUUGUACAAAAAGUUCCAAGUAUUUCUCACCAUUCGCCAAGCAAAUGAAUAUACAUAUUUAAUUAAUUUAAAGAAAAACUAUGAAAUAGGAUUGAAACAGGUGAAAAAUAUGAGACCGAUAAUUGUUAUUUUGUCACAGAGAAAUACUGAAGAGAAUGAAAUCUCUAUUAAAAAUUAUAAUCUGUCGAGAGAAGUUUUCGUGGACAAAAUAGCGAGUUAUUUUACAGAAAUGUUCUUAGACAAGAAAGAAGUUUUAGAAGUACUCAAAGUUGUUGGCCAUAAUGAAAAAUUACCUAUUGAAUCGAAGGAGUACCGCAAAAUAAUAAAAAUGUUGACGGCUUCGCUAAGGAUGGCACGUAUACACAAGGAUUACAAAACUAACGGCGACCCUAAUGUUAAUUUUCUUCACUAUAUACGUAAACAUUGGCUGUUCAGCGAUGAGUCUGCGUAUAUCAUACCUAAGCUCGAGAAUCGACGCAUGAUUAAUAUAAAUCCAAAUCUGAAUAACUUAUCAACAAAUUAUUGGAAGACGAUUUUUAACCAAUACGACAGCGACAAUAAUGGUUUAAUCUCCGAAACGGAAUUACAGAAAUUAUUUUACGAAGUGUUCCAAGUAUUUAUCACCAUUCGCAAUGCAAGGAAAUAUAUAAGGGCACUUAUAUCCCAGACCCCUAAAUCUGAGGAAAGCAAUAAUAUAAGGUUGAAACAGUUGAAAAAAAUGAGACCGAUACUAUUUGUUUUGUCGCAGAGAGACCCUGAAGGGAAUGAAAAUAAUAAAAUAUCAAGAGAAGUUUUCGUGGACAAAAUAGCGAGUUAUUUUACGGAAAUGUUCUUAGACAAGAAAGAAGUUUUAGAAGUACUAAAAAUUGGCGGUCAUGACGAAAAAUCACUAAUUGAAUGGACAGAGUAUCACGAAAUAAUAAAAAUGUUGACGGCUUCGCUACGGAUGGCUCGUAUACACAAGUAUUUUUGUUUAACUAACGACGACCCUGACAUUGAUAUUCUUCAAUAUAUACGAAAACAUUGGCUAGCCAGAGAUGAAUCUGCGUCUCUUAUAACUAAUCUCGACAAGCCACUAAUGAGUAAUAUAAAUCCAAAUCUGAAUAACUUAUCAACAAAUGAUUGGAAGAAGAUUUUUGACCAAUACGACAGCGACAAUGUUGGUUCUAUCUCCGCAACGGAAUUACAGAAACUCUUAUACGAAAAGUUCAAAGUAUUUAUCACCAUUCGCCAAGCAGAGGAAUAUACAUAUUUAAUUAAUUUACAGGAAAACCAUAAAAUAGAAUUGGAACAUGGGAAAAAAACGGAACCGAUAUUAAACGUAAAAUUAAACCAAGAAAUAGGAAUGGAACAUGGGGGAAAAAUAGAACCGAUAAUAAACGAGAAAAUAAACCAUGAAAUAGGAUUGGAACAUGUCGAAAAAAAGGGACCAAUAUUAAACGGGAAAAUAAACUAUGAAAUAGGAUUUGAUUAUGUCGAAAAAAUGGAACCGAUAAUAUGUAUUUUGUCACAGAGAAAAAUUGAAGAGAAGAAUGAAAGUUUUAUUAAAAAUAACCAAAUUUUGACUGAUGAUUUCGUGAACAUAAUGAGUGAAAAGUUUCCGGCGGUGUUCCUUGACAAGAAAGAAGUUUUAGAAGUACUCAAAGUAGUCGGCCAUGAUGAAAAAUUGCCAAUUGCGUUGACGGAGUACCACGAAAUAGUAAAAAUGUUGCCGGCUUCGCAACGGAUGGCACAUAUAUACAUUGAUUAUUCCUAUAAGGACGGUAUAAAUAAAUACGAAGCGUUGGUUAGUUUUCCCACAUGGAUACGUCGCAGUAGGCUGUACAGAGAGAUACCUGGUUCUUUCGCAUUUCAACUACAAAAUCAACUUAAGAGUGUAAUUUGCCUUUGA